GAACGUGUCUGGGCCCAGAAUAGAUAACAAAAGAAGCAAGCACAUUAUCGGGAUCUCAUUUUAGUUCUGGCUUAAGCUCACUUAGGAACGGCAUUUGUUUUGUUAAAUUUAGCGCUUACGUUAGUGGCGGCGUCGAAAUGACAACGCCCACACUUGCAACACUCGAGAAGGCCCUAAAAGGGGAUCCCACAGCAGCGGCCACACAAAUCGCAAACGAACUUACCGCUGGCAUCUACAGAAUUGAUGCAUUGGCCGAGCAAUUGGGCUUUGCUCUGACCUCACCGGAAACCGAACAACGCGUCGCGGGCACAACUCUCUUUUCGGCCGUGCUAAGUGACCUGCCCAACGAUGUACUCAAUGCCAAGGAAUUGGAAUUUUUGUGCACCUUUUACACGGAUCGGCUGCGUGAUCAUCACAAUGUGAUGCCGGCGAUCAUUGCCGGGAUGAGCGCACUUGUGCGCAUGAAGAACGUGCCCGGCGAGAGUGUGACGCAGCUGCUGCAUGCCUUCUUUGAGUGUACGACGUGCCAAUCGCAGACGCGCAGCGAUCGCACCCAACUGUUCGAUAUGUUCAAGUUCCUCACAUCACAUUUCCAGCCGGAGCUGACGAAAAUGGCCGGAGACUUUUUAUAUGGUCUGAUCAAUUCCAUUGAUGGCGAACGUGAUCCUCGCAAUUUGGAUAUAAUUUUUAAUUUUAUGCCGGAGUUUAUAUCCCAAUAUCCGCUGUUGCAUUUAGCCGAGGAGCUGGUCGAAGUGCUCGCCUGCUAUUUUCCCAUCGACUUCAAUCCGAGCAAACAGGAUCCGGCGGCCAUAACACGCGAUGCCUUAGCUGAAAAGCUAACCAAUUGUCUCGUUGCCAGCGAACAGUUUGCCGAGGUGACGGUCUCCUUGGCCGUCGAGAAACUGCAGAGCGAACUUCUAGUUGCUAAGCUGGAUUCCAUUGAGUUGCUGCAUCAAGCGGCUCUCAAAUUUAAGCCGGCUGCGUUGGAGCCGUAUUUUCCACAAAUCUGGCAGGCACUGAAGGCUGAAACAUUUCCGGGCUCGGAAAAUGCGGAUGUGGUGCGCAAUGCGCUGAAAGCACUCGCCGAACUGCUGAAAUGUGCCGCCAAGGAGCCGAGCAUCAGUCACAAUCAUCAGAGCAUUGUGCUGGGCGUCGUUCUGCCCCAUUUGAGUGAUAUGCAUCAUCGUCUCUUCCCACCAGCGACGGCAAUUGCGCUGAUGUGUGUCUCUGGCGAUGCACAAUAUGCCGGCGACAAGAUAUUGAACACCUUCCUGAUCAAGUUGCAGACCAUCGAGCUGAACACGACCAGCAGCAGCAGCGGCGGCGGCGGCAACGAGGAACGCAUUAAGUUUUAUCAUAUCAUGUCGCAGGUCUACAAAUUGGCUGGUCUGCGUGAUGCGCUGGAUAAGUUGGACAAGAGCAUAUUGCUGCCACUGCAGGAUGAUGUGAUUGCGGCGCUGCGUUUGUGCGAGCGUGAGGAUUUCGAGGACAAGCAGCCGGAGGAUCUGGAGCUGCAGCGUGCCGCACUGCAGGUGCUAUGCAAAUGUGCGCCGGCACUGAGCGAAUCGCAGCGCGCCCUCAUCUACAAGUGCCUGGUGCAGUUAAUCAGUCAUCCGCACAUCGAUCUGGACUUUAAAUCGCUGACUGUCAGUUUGGGUGCACUGCAGCCGGUUGAGUUGCAGUCGAAUUUCAUUGACAUAUGCAUGCGUAACUUUGAUAUAUUCUCCGAGUUUAUAAAGCGCAAGAUUUAUACGAAUCUGUUGCCACUGAUGCCACAAAUCGCAUUCACGCAACGCAUUCUCGAGCUGGUCAUGCAACAAGCGUUUGCGGCCAAUGUGGUGGAGCCAACGCGCCUCUUGGCUCUCGAGGCGCUCAGUUCGCUGCUCGAUCAGGAGGAUCAACGUUUUGUUGUGGAGUUGCAACAGCAAUCGAAUCUGUUGCACAAACUGAUCGAGCUGGCACAGCAGACACAGCCAGAAUUGUCGCUGCCAUCGUUGGAGUUGAUUGCCGCGGCGCUCAGUCGGAUCAUGCAACAUCUGCCGCUAUCCGAGCAGAGCGCCAUUGUCAGUGAAUAUUUGCCGACGUUGCAGCUGCAAUUGGCCACAAAUCUGUAUGUGGCCAAGGGUCUGCUCGGCUAUCUGCACAAGGACAUCACUCUCGACGAUCACUUCGAGCGACUGCUCGACGAUCUAACCAAAUUGUCGCUCAACGCGGACAAUGAACAGUUGCGUGGCAUUGCGCAUCGCUUGCUCUGCAGCCUGGUCAACAAAAUGGACAACAAUUCAACGAAUCGCGACCACGUCAAGCGCAUCACUCAACGAUUGAAGGCCGCCAUUAAGGAGGGCGAUGAGCAUGCUGUUCAUGCGCUCGCCUGGAUUGCCAAGGGACUCGUCGUUGCCGGCUUCGAGGAGGCCGCCGAUAUGGUUGGCGAUCUCUCCGAACUGCUGGAGCAUCCCACAUUGAGCAGCGCCGCCGCUGUUGCCUUUGACGUCAUUGCUACCGAGUUUCCCGAACUGGAUUUGCCAGUGGUCAAGUUUCUGUACCAGCAGAAAUUCUUCCAAACCAUCAUGGGUAAAUUGGGAUCAAAGCUGUCCAAGUAUUGCGAGCAUCACGUCAAGGCCUUCAUCUAUGUGCUGAAGGCAACGCCACAUUCAGUACUCAAAUUGAAUAUAGAACAACUGGGACCGCUACUCUUCACGACACUGGACACCCACAACGAUGCACACUCGCUGUGCAUAGCGCUGGGCAUUUGCGCGAACUUUGUGCACCAUCAGGAUGAGUAUUUCCAGGCGCAUCUGGGACACAUUAUACCCAGCUGCCUUGAAUUGUCCAAGCAAAAGCCGCCACUUAAUAUGCAAGUGCGCAUUGCGGCGCUGCAGCUGCUCUAUGACAUUACCAAGUAUCCGACUUAUCUGCUGCUGCCCCACAAGGUGGAUGUGACCCUGGUGCUCGCUGCUGCACUCGACGAUCCCAAGCGGCUGGUGCGCAAUGCCGCUGUGAUGGCACGCAACGCUUGGUAUCUUGUGGGUGCGCCCACCGGGGAUUAGCAAGACGGCAAAGAUGCCGGACUGCAAAUUGUUAUUAACUAUGAAUCAAUUGACAAUGAAAGCAAUAUACGCACAAAUGUUA